GUUCUUUUCCCCCUUCCGAUUUCAACUGUUCACUCGUUAUUUAUCAGCAGCAAGAAGAAUACCUGCGACAUUCGGAUCGACUCCCGAAAGCUAUAUCAUCCCCGCACAAAUAGCUAUUUUCUCACGCACCAUGACGACCGAAGCUCCCAGAAAAAUUACCGACUGGGUCGAUCCCAAGGACAAAACAGGCGAAUUCAAGCGUCUGCCAUCGGUAUUCCGCAACUGGAUCUCCAGAGAACCUGGCGCGCAGUUCCCGCCGGAAAAGGGUCGCUAUCAUCUCUAUGUAUCCUAUGCUUGCCCUUGGGCUCAUCGAACCUUGAUUACGCGGAAACUCAAGGGUCUUGAGGACAUCAUAUCGUUCACGGCGGUGCAUUGGCAUAUGGGCGAGAAUGGAUGGCGGUUCGCAACACCCGAUGAGAAAUUACCUGGGGAGAAUGCCGUCCCCGAUCCUCUUCAUCCUGAAUUUACUCAUCUUCGCCAAUUAUACUUCUCUGUUAAUCCGGAGUAUAAGGGGCGCUUUACGGUUCCAGUGUUGUACGACAAGAAGACGAAGCAGAUCGUUAACAAUGAGAGCUCCGAAAUAAUCCGCAUGUUUUAUCACGAAUUCGACGACCUCCUCCCAGAAAAAUACAAAUCGGUCGACCCCUACCCAUCCGCCCUGCGCUCCGAAAUCGAUGCCACAAACGACUGGACCUACAACGACGUCAACAAUGGCGUCUACAAAUCUGGUUUCGCAACCACCCAAGAAGCAUAUGAGAAGGCCGUGACGACCCUCUUCUCCUCACUGGAUAAGAUCGAGGCGCAUCUUGCCAAACGACAGGCUGAAUCCGGCGAGAACGCCUUCUACUUUGGCUCAACCAUCACAGAAGCUGAUAUCAGGCUUUAUGUGACCAUCGCCCGCUUCGAUCCUGUUUAUGUCCAGCAUUUCAAGUGUAAUGUUCGCGAUAUUCGAUCUGGGUAUCCCGCUAUUCAUCGUUGGUUGAGGAGGUUGUACUGGGAUGUCCCUGCGUUCCGGGAGACGACGCAGUUUGAACAUAUCAAGAAGCAUUAUACGAAGAGUCAGGUACAGAUUAAUCAGUUUGGGAUCACACCUAUCGGUCCUGUUCCUGAUAUUCUGCCUAAGGAUGAAGAGGUGAAUGCUGUUGCUGCUGCUGCUGGGAAAUUGUAGAUACCAUUCCAACAAUGCCUUAAUGCAUGUCUUGUUUAACUUGAGGCUUCUUCGUUCAUGAAUCCAGAGAAUAAAAAAA